AUGCAGGUGCGAGGUCUCGGGGGCAGGGGCGACUGGGGGGCCCGCAUGGGACUGUGCAGGGACGGACUCAUGGAGUGUCUGCGCAGCGGCCACAAGAGGGAGAUGCUGCUCACCGAACUCGACAAGGAGGUGGAGGAGGCCUACGAAAAACGGAACCUCGCCGAGAUGCACCGACUACGCAUCCAGUACCAGAGGAACGGGGCAGCACAAGCGGGGGUGAGCACAGUCGCAACCAACUAUGACGGCACCAACGCGUUUGCAGCCACCAACCGAGCUUUACUCAGAGCGGUUGCCUUUAGGCAAGCACACGAGCACGACCAGCGCUUCGCCAUGGCAGCAAUCGACCACUCCACCCUGACGCUCGAAGCUGCCGACGGCACAGUCGAAGCCGAGAGCGCCACAGGCGCCCAAAUGGGCUUCACUCUAUGCCCAAGGCAAUUCAACGACGCAUACAACUUGUACGUCACAAAAUGGUGGGAACAAGGCCGCACAGACCCAGAUCAGACCAUCCACGACACGAUCAACCCAGUCGCGGGCAACACCCACGAUUUAGCUCUCAACACGUUCAUGGACGACAUCACCUACGUGCAGACAAUACCACCCGCAGCGACGGCUGGGCAGUACAUGGUCACGGUAUCUGCCACCAAGACAGGCGGGCAAGUGGAGCUGCGGGACCAGCUGAGAUCGCUCCAGAGGCUCACUCUCCAGAACUCGAACGAGAUACGCAACUUCCUGCACGUCACGGGAGAGUUCUGGCUGACGCCACUCGAACCAGAAUGGGUGCAGGCGCCGAUGGAGACAGGCAGGGAGUACGGGCGGAAAGUAAAGCAGCUGGGCAAAGGGCACGGCCUCGGCCCACCCCACGGCCAGGUGGCGGCGAGUCUAGUCGAGGAGAUCGUGGCGGUUCUCGAUACGGAGGAGCAGCAACUAGACGCGUCUCUCCUCCACGUGAGACAGCUACUGAAGGAGUUCAUGAGCCAGCUCGACGAGCCCUGGGGACCAAUCUUCAUCACGGAGGUCUUCUUGCAGUGCAAGAUCCAGGAGGCAUGCAACAAGACGGGCGAGGACGUGGAGAUGGACAUCAAACAAUGCAAGGCCAAGCUCAUCUACACGAUCAACACGGCGCCGAGCUUCAGGGCCGUGCUGUACGACCAGAAGCUGGAGCAGGAGCAGUACGACAAGAUCGCGGGCUUCAAGGGGGACAUAUUCAAGCAGGCCCUGGGCCACGCGCUGGCGCACCUAGGGGCCACGAAGAGUCGCUCAGGAGGCCCGAAGACGGGCCUGGAGAGGGCGGUGGAGGCGCAGCUCAACAGGCGCCAGUACGACGAGCUCGACAACAUAUACACGCGCUGGACGAAGGGCCCGCACGGCUACGCUUACGACGAGGCGUUCUUCGACGGCGACCUGCAGACGGAGCCAAUGUUGGAGCCGCAGAUGGAGAUUAAGGAGCGCCAGAGCCGGUUGCGCGAGGAGUGCGAGAAGAAAGUUGGAAAGGAGGUCUUCCACAAGGCCUUCGAGUUCCUCCUGGACGCCCGCCAGCGCGGUGUGGACGAGAAGUUUGUGAAGAAAGGGUUGGAGAACAUCAUGGGCCGCGAGAACUACCGCAACCUUGGUUUGAGCAUCGACCAGCUGGUAGUGCAGCGGCUGAUGUGA